AUGGGUCAAAAAGCUGGCAAAUUUUCCUCGUUCAAACAAGAAAGACAAUACCGGCAUUCUACAGGUAGCAGAUAUGGAAUAAGAGGUGACAGUAUCAGCUUUAGCCCAUCUUUGAAUAGCCAAGACAGUCAUGAACACAAUGAAAACCACAGACUGUCAGAAUUGGAGGAUGCUCAGACCGAGAGUUCUUUAUGUUUCAGUCCAUUGGUUGAAGCUUCUUCUAGUUCGUUGGAUGAGCCUUUGUUAGUAACUACUGGAACUGGAGAAUCUGUUCGUCAAAAGGUAGCGAGCCAAAAUUUUGAAGUGAGUGAGUCACAAUUUGCGUUCUCUUAUGGUCUAGAAGGCAACAGAAUCUCAGAGGACUUUAUGAAUCCUCACAAAAAUUAUGAAAACCCUUCAGAAUAUGCGUCUGGAGGGCCUAAUUGUUUGAAUGGUCAGAAUGGAGUUGCUUUUGUAAACACUGACUGUUUUGAGCCAGAUGGCAGUGACAAAAAGGAAGAUGAUGCUCAAGACAAAUUUUCUUUGGCAAGAAAAGAACCAAAUGUAUUUCCUAAAAUACUAGAUAGCAUGUUUUCUGAGUUAGAAGAAAGGGUAGAGUCUUUUACUGACUUACAGUCUCAUUUGUCCCCUCUUAACUACAAUGUUUGUAGCAAAUUACGUGAAGUAGCAGGGUCAAUGCCUUUAAUGAGAUAUUUUAGAGUAGAAUCAAACUUGGCAUGUCUAACCAGCAUAUUUAUUUCUGCUGAACAUCAGGCAAUACUGAAUAGCAUCUUGAGUAGCACCAAUUGUGAAACACAACAGACAAGAAAUAUAGUGGGUGUUGGAAUCAGAAGACCUAUAGCAAUUGCUGAUGAAACAAAUGUCACUGAUGGAAAUACCGCCUCAGGAAAUUCAUCUGAGCUAGUAGUGAGACCUAAAAUAAGAGAACAAAAUACUGCGAACCAGUUGGAGAGAGAGAACCUUACCCCUUAUGAUGAUGAAGAGGAAAGUGGUUUCCGGAGGAGGAGUGAAAUUGCUGAAGUCCAGCAAGGCUGUGCUGAGUAUGCCUUGAGAAACAGAGAGAUGAGUUCUAGUAUUCUCUUUCACUCAAGAGGUCAUCAAAGGAACACAGAGAAAUCCCUAAGGGAAAAUGCAGCAGCUCAAGCAUUCAAAAAAGUGCAAGAUGGUAGUGCUUUUUGCUUUGAAUGUGAAGACUGCAGCAAAGACUUCUUAGUGUUCUGCAAAGAUGAAAACAGCUCAGAACAUGGCAAUGGAGAAUGUUUUACAGCUGUGACUAGCUAUUUUACUGCUGCAGAAGGAGACCAGUCCUCAAGUGAUGAGAGUCGUGAGACUGCCCCAAGCAGAAUGGAGUGUGAGUCUGGAGUGCAGAGCAGCAGGAGUGGUGUAGAAAAGGAGAACACAGACUUCUGUUUCCCAAAAGGGGAACAGACAUUAUUGGAGGAAGAGGAGAUUCCUCAGUCUCUCUACUAUGGUAAAGCAGAGAGUGCAAGUGGUGAGGAAAAUAAUCCAGUUAGUGACGUAGUAUGUCCUGGGUUCCUCCAGUUGGAUGGAAAUAACAACCCUGAGGAUGACUGCAAUGUGAAUGAAAUCCUGGAGGAGGUCUGGAGACAACUGAAUGAGUUUAAUGGUGCAGAACAAAUUCAAGUCAGUUUUCCUGCGGAUUCUCGGCUUUUCUCAGCUGUAACACUACAAGAACAGUUACAAGGAGCUAUGCAGAGAAGCGUGGAACAUCUUGGCUCUCUCGAGUCAGUUGCUGAAGAGGUUCAGUUACCAGCUGCUAAAGAAACCAUAGAUAAUCUGCCACAGAUUGCCGUCACAAGUGACCACAAAGGUCAGUCUUGUACUAUCUGUCGCAGUGAAUACACGGAAGAUGAAAUCAUAACAGAGCUACCCUGUCAUCAUUUGUUUCACAGAUGCUGUGUAACUCUUUGGUUAAAGGAAUCGGGAACAUGCCCAAUUUGUCGUCGCGUGCUUGAAUCCAUGCUUUCUGAAGAAGCUUUUGCCAAUGUUUCCGUCCUGUCUGAUCGUGAUUCAGCAUAUUCUGAUCACAGUGCUACAGAAGCUUCAAACUAG